UAUAAGAGCGGGGACCCAGCCUCGGGAGCCCCGGGAGACGCUGAUCGCGCUCGUGGGUAGUUGUGUGCGGCGGCGACCGUUGGCUGGGGUCCGGGCUUGCCUCUCCUGACUCUCGUCCUAACGUCGCUGUGCCUGGUUUUGGGUUUUUUUUUUUUGGUGGAGGGGUUUUGUUUUUUUGUUUUUCUCCCAUCAGGAUGUCGGCCCGCGGCCCGGCUAUCGGCAUCGACCUGGGCACCACCUACUCGUGCGUGGGGGUCUUCCAACAUGGCAAGGUGGAGAUCAUCGCCAACGACCAGGGCAACCGCACCACCCCCAGCUACGUGGCCUUCACCGACACCGAGCGCCUCAUCGGCGACGCCGCCAAGAACCAAGUGGCCAUGAACCCCACGAACACCAUCUUCGACGCCAAGAGGCUGAUCGGGCGCAAGUUCGAGGACGCCACGGUGCAGUCGGACAUGAAGCACUGGCCGUUCAGAGUGGUGAGCGAGGGUGGGAAGCCCAAAGUGCAGGUGGAGUAUAAAGGGGAGAUGAAGACCUUCUUCCCCGAGGAGAUUUCCUCCAUGGUGCUCACGAAGAUGAAGGAGAUCGCCGAAGCCUACCUGGGGGGCAAGGUGCAGAGCGCGGUCAUCACGGUCCCCGCCUAUUUCAACGACUCGCAGCGCCAGGCCACCAAAGACGCGGGCACCAUCACGGGCCUCAACGUGCUGCGCAUCAUCAACGAGCCCACGGCGGCGGCCAUCGCCUACGGCCUGGAUAAGAAGGGCUGCGCCGGCGGCGAGAAGAACGUGCUCAUCUUUGACCUGGGCGGGGGCACCUUCGACGUGUCCAUCCUGACCAUCGAGGACGGCAUCUUCGAGGUGAAGUCCACGGCCGGCGACACCCACCUGGGCGGCGAAGACUUCGACAACCGUAUGGUCAGCCACCUGGCGGAGGAGUUCAAGCGCAAACACAAGAAGGACAUUGGGCCCAACAAGCGCGCCGUGCGCCGGCUGCGCACCGCCUGCGAGCGCGCCAAGCGCACCCUGAGCUCGUCCACGCAGGCCAGCAUCGAGAUCGACUCGCUCUACGAGGGCGUGGACUUCUACACGUCCAUCACCCGCGCCCGCUUCGAGGAGCUCAACGCCGACCUCUUCCGAGGGACCCUGGAGCCGGUGGAAAAGGCUCUGCGCGAUGCCAAGCUGGACAAGGGCCAGAUCCAGGAGAUAGUGCUGGUGGGCGGCUCCACCCGCAUCCCUAAGAUCCAGAAGCUCCUGCAGGAUUUCUUCAACGGCAAGGAGCUGAACAAGAGCAUCAACCCCGACGAGGCGGUGGCCUACGGCGCCGCCGUGCAGGCGGCCAUCCUCAUCGGCGACAAGUCGGAGAAUGUGCAGGAUCUGCUGCUACUCGACGUGACUCCGCUGUCGCUUGGCAUCGAAACAGCUGGCGGUGUCAUGACCCCACUCAUCAAGAGGAACACCACGAUCCCCACCAAGCAGACGCAGACCUUCACUACCUACUCAGACAACCAGAGCAGCGUGCUGGUGCAAGUGUACGAGGGCGAGCGGGCCAUGACCAAGGACAAUAACCUCUUGGGCAAGUUCGACCUGACUGGGAUCCCCCCGGCACCCCGUGGGGUCCCCCAGAUCGAGGUCACCUUCGACAUCGAUGCCAACGGCAUCCUUAACGUCACCGCUGCCGACAAGAGCACCGGUAAAGAAAAUAAAAUCACCAUCACCAACGACAAGGGUCGUCUGAGCAAGGACGACAUCGACCGUAUGGUGCAGGAGGCAGAGCGGUACAAGUCGGAAGAUGAAGCUAACCGCGAUCGCGUGGCAGCCAAAAACGCAGUUGAGUCCUACACCUACAACAUCAAGCAGACGGUGGAAGACGAGAAACUGAGGGGCAAGAUUAGCGAGCAGGACAAAAACAGGAUCCUCGACAAGUGUCAGGAGGUGAUCAACUGGCUCGACCGAAACCAGAUGGCAGAGAAAGAUGAGUACGAACACAAACAGAAAGAGCUGGAGCGAGUGUGCAACCCCAUCAUCAGCAAACUUUACCAAGGCGGUCCUGGCGGCGGCGGCGGCGGCGGCGGCUCCUCUGGAGGACCCACCAUCGAGGAAGUGGACUAACUAAGCUGGCGCUGCAGUCCGUAAACCUCUUUUCCUUUCUCCCCCGCCCCCUUCCCCUUUUGUUUUGGUUUCUUUGAAAUGUCCUCGUGCCAAGAGAGAUCUGUUGUUGGAAGUCUUUGGCCUGAUGCAUACAUGUGAGAGGAAAGGUGUAACAACUUAGUUUAGUUACAAAAGGUUAGUUCUCAAGUUUGAUUGGGGGGAAAGUGAGGUUUCUCUUUAACGCAUUUUAAGUGAUUGCUGAUUUGAGCUUUUUUUUUUUUUUUUUUUUUUGGUUAAGCUUAGUUUGUACGUGGAGAUUUGCUCCAAAUGGGAAACCUGAUGUUUGCACACCUGUCCUAUGGAAGCUUGAUAACACUAAAUACAGAGGCGCUUGAAUUCUUUAUUUUUAUGUACUACUUUGAGAUUAAAGUAAACAUUGCAGUAAUUUUAAAGACAGGUAUAUUCUGUAAACACAUAAAUGCAAAUUGAAAGUAAAGCUGAAAUUGAUC